AUGGCGGACAACGACGCUGAAGAGCGUUUUGAAGAGGACCAGGAGAUUUGGAACGCAAAUAGCCUAUUUCGCCAAGCUGUAGAAAACAUCCUGUCAGUUACGCAUGCAUAUCGAACCCUCACGGAUAUUGAUGGUUUUACCAAAAGGUACAUCGCCGUGAUUGCCAAGGAAUUUUAUACAUGUCCCCCAGUGUCUGUGAGUCAGCAGUUUUACCUUGGCAACCACAUCAUAUUUAAUCUACUAGAGCUUUCUGAUAAACUGGACAAUGAUUGUCAACAGUAUAGAGCACUUAUACCGGAACUGGUUGAUUAUAUUGAAAAGCUAAUACUGCAUGAAGGGUAUGAAAUCCUCUUGCCUGAAUCAAGUAAAACUUACCUAUGUGACCUAUAUAUGAAGGCUGAUAAAACGUAUCAUAGUAUUGUUGGGGACAGAUUUAAAGUAUGUGCUGACCUGGUGAUGUCUGCCUGGACUAAUCCUGCGCUUGUUAAAAUAGUCUCUGGAAUACCGGUUAUGGAGGAAGAAGCAUUCGGAUUUGUGUCUCAAGAAGGACCGCGACUAAUGUCACAAAGAAUUAAAAUGUUGACUGCCAAUGACCUCAUUGAGGAAGCCCUUCAUCUUGCCAAAUGCUGCGCUGAUCAUCCUAAACUAGGAAAGGAUGGUAUAUUUUUUCGAAUGGCCGUUUACCUUAUGUGUAAACAGCAGUAUUGGCAGUCUGUGAAACAUGAGUUGGACAGCAAAUCGUGCUGCGAAAUUUUGGAUUUGGUGAAGAUUUUUCGAAAUGUAGAUCUUAGUGGUGCUGCCGUACAUAUUAGCACACUAGCUCUCUUGAUGUACUGGGAACGAAAAAAACCCUGUGACUGUGUUCAAGAUCUGUCAACAGUGUGGUUUGACGCUCAGAUAAACCACUGCAAGGAGGACCACACAGAAAUAAAAGACCGCGUGUCCUGUCUCAUCGAGAUCUGCAAAACCUAUAAGAAAAGCGUAGUGUGUGAUUUUCUUCUAAAAGAGGUGACGGAAGUUGUUGCUGAACUGUGUCUUAGCACAGUUAGGGAACUCAAUGUUCGAGACAGUCAAAUGAACCGAUGGCAGAAGAGGAGAAGCAACCAAGACGUUAUCAAGAUUCUCAACACGUUGUUUCAACAGAUAGAUUUGGAUCUAUUUAAGGAUAGCGCUAUGACGUACUACAUGCUUCAUCCAGAAAUGGAAUCAUUUAAUUGGUUGAAACAGAUUUAUAGUACUUCUGCGGAAGAGCUGGGUCUUUCUGAUGAGCAAGCUAUCUGGCCUGUGCUGCCAUCCACAAUGCGAGCUAAGUUAGUGCACUGCUUUAGGAAUUUGAGACCCAUCACUGUCAGUCCGUACAACAUGUGGGAUAAAGAUAUAGAAAAACAGCUACUGUCACUGUUGGAUAUUCAGGGAACUCAGAUCAGUCAAGGAAAUAAAUCUAAACCGAAAACCGUGAAAGGUAAAAACAGUUCAAGGGGUAGAAAGUCCAAGGGUGAACCUAGCGGAUGUCAGAGGACCAUGCUGCUUCAAGGAAGCUACGAGAAGAAUAAGUCACGUAAAUCUGGUUUGCCCAAUGGCUCUACAAGUAGUGGCAGAUCUUCUGUUGAUGCAGAUGUUGUAGUCCAUGAUGCGAAGUCUUCUGAUGAUGAAACAAUCUGUGACUAUGACUAUGCACCAAGCGACAUUGUAGUUGUUGAUGGCGAUGACGAUCUUAGCAGCCAAAAUCACAGUUCUGUUACUACUGAGACUUCUGUUGCUGCUGAGAAUUCAUCUAUAUCAGAGCCAAAGACAUUUUUAAAAUCAAUAAGCAAUGCUAACUUGACAGAUUCAGGAGUUGAUAUGUUUACUCAAACGUCUAGCACUGAACAAGCUUCUCAAACAAAAUCAGACAAUCAACAAUGGCAAGAAGUUUUAACAGAUACUGAUGACAAAACCUUGCAUUGUGAAGAGAAAUUUUUAGAAAUAGAUGAUCUUGAUAAUCACUGUGAAACUCAAAAGUUGGAAUUACCUGUUCUUGCUGCUGAUGAUGUUACUGUCAAUUUGCCAGGUGAAUUGUCUGUCGAGAGAGAUCAAAUUCUUGCAGAGGUUACAAAUGAAAUUCUACAUAGUGCAUUGACCUGUUCUCGCAAAGAUGCAUCCAACAUAGAUAUGUUUCUCUCUGAUAAAACAUGUGAAGAUGGGGAGAUGGUUAUAGUUGAUAAGAAAGUCAAAGCAUCUGAAACAAACUAUGAACUUGCAGAUGCAUCUCAAUGUGAGGAAAUAUCUUCAGGGAAAGUAUGUUCAAUCUCCAACUCUUCCGUUAAAUCCAUGAAUGACACAGAAGCGCAUUUAAAUAUUCAUGACGAUACACAUCAAGACAUUACAUGUCAUGAACCAGAAUUAAAAAUUGGAAAAAAUCUUUGUAUAGUUGAUGAAGUGAAAGAAAACUCUGGCAGUAUGAUGGAAGUUGGGGAGAUAAAUGUUGUUGAUUCUGCUCAUAAUGUUAUUGAUGUGGAACACUUGCAGCCUGGGGAAUAUAAUGAUGCGUUGUCAGGGUUACAAGUUCUGAGAACUGAGAGCAAUGUUGAUGAUGUAAAUUUCAUUGUUAGUGAUGUCUGUGAAAAGGGGCAUCAAGUGUCAUUACACUCAUCAAACAUUGACAGGCAGCCUCUAGAAGCAGAACAGUCAUCGAACAAUGAUAAGAGACAUUCCAAAUAUUCUGUUGUUGCACGUACUUUUAUUGCUGAGAGCUCCUCGGACAAUGCUGGUAAUUUUCAUGCACCACGACGUCACAAGGAUGGUAAUAACAAUGUUAACAGAGGUACUCGUGUGACAGAAUCUAGUCCCGAAGAACCUAAUGUGACAAUUGCUGACAAUGACAAAAAAGAAAAAAGUUGUUCUAAACCACAAGAAACUUGCAUUGCAGAACAAGUGGAUAAUGAUUCAGGAGAGUCGAUGUGUGUGAAGGAGGAAAAUGAUGAGGAUGUCGGUUCAACAUGCAUAUGGUUAGCACGUUUGUGUCAGUCAAACAGUGAUGAUAGCGACGUUGAUGAAGUCAUUUCAGAUGACAUGAUUGAAACAGACAAUCAAACAAACUCUAGAGGUAACAUCUUUGAGAUCUUAUCCGAUGCCUCUUGUCCUGAUACGAGUGGUGGUGACAGUGAUUUGACAUCACCAAUCAACGAAGACAAACUGCAGAACAGUGAGGCAGAGGAUCAUCAUCUAUUGUGUGAAAUUGAUCUUUCAUUGGUACAUUUGAACUCGUGUCAGAGUGAGGAUGCUACCAACCAGAAUGAUUUGAUAUCAGCUCAUAGUAGCAGUAGUCCUGAAAAGCAGGAUGAGGUAUUUAAAAAUUCACAGGAAGAAAAAGAACACAAAAGCGUUACUGAUUCAUGUAGACCUAGUGAUGAGGUAGAUAUAAAAGUGAGUGAUUGUCCUAACAGAGAAGAAAUUCCUUAUUCAUGUCUUUCUGAGCAAACAUGCUCUCCGGCAAGGCUAACAGGAUGUUCAGAAGGCGAGAGCUGUUUUCUCUCUUUUGUAGAAACUGUUGUGAAAAAUAACAAAACAUUUGUGACUAAUGACACUACUGCAAGUGCAAACAGUCAAGACGAACCGAUGCCAGUACAAACAAAUUGUCCCACAAAGGUGAAAAAUAACAAAACGUCCAAGACUGAUGACAUUUCUCCAAGUGAAAACAGUCAAGACAAACUGGUGCCUGUACGAAAAAAUUGUUCCACAACGGUGAAAAAUAGCAAAACGUCUGAGACUAAUGACUCUGCUGCAAGUGCAAACAGUCAAGACAAAUCAGUACCAAUACGAAAAAAUCGUUCCAAGAGGGUGAAAAAUAGAAAGGUGCUCAAAACAAAUGAUAUAACUGCAUGUGUAAACAGUCAAGAUGAACCAAUACCAGUGCAAAAAAAUCAUUCCACAGCGGAGAAAAAUAAUAAAACACUUGUGACUAAUGAGAUUGCUACAUGUGCAAACAGUCAAGACGAACCGGGGCCAGUACAAAAAAAUUGUUCCACAACAGUGAAAAAUAGCAAAACAAGUGAGACUAAUGACUUUGCUGCAAGUGCAAAUAGUCGAGAUAAAUCGGUACCAGUACGAAAAAAUCGUUCCAAGAGGGUGAAAAAUAGAAAGGCUCUCAAGACAAAUGACAUAACUACAUGUGUAAAUAGUCAAGAUGAACCAAUACCAGUGCAAAAAAAUCAUUCCACAACAGUGAAAAAUAACAAAACACUUGUGACUAAUGAGAUUGCUACAUGUGCAAACAGUCAAGACGAACCGGUGCCAGUACAAAAAAAUUGUUCCACAACAGUGAAAAAUAGCAAAACAAGUGAGACUAAUGACUUUGCUGCAAGUGCAAAUAGUCGAGAUAAAUCGGUACCAGUACGAAAAAAUCGUUCCAAGAGGGUGAAAAAUAGAAAGGCUCUCAAGACAAAUGACACAACUACAUGUGUAAAUAGUCAAGAUGAACCAAUACCAGUGCAAAAAAAUCAUUCCACAGCGGAGAAAAAUAAUAAAACACUUGUGACUAAUGAGAUUGCUACAUGUGCAAACAGUCAAGACGAACCGAAGCCAGUAUGUAAAAAUUGUUCCACAACAGUGAAAAAUAACUUAUUAGAAAUAAAUGAUAUUGACAAAAAGCCAGAAAAUUGCCAAAAAACAAAAAAAUCAUGGGCAACAUUUCUAGAGUCUCACCAGUCAGGUGUGAGACAGUCUUCAAGGGCGAGUUCUAUUGCCCGAAAAUCUCUUGGAAGUUAUUCCACGGAAAAACGUUGUGCAAUAAUUGACACCAAAAAUGACAACCCUGAAUUAGACAUUUCAAAUAAUGACUCAACUCUAAACCAGAACACUAGUCAGAAAAGUAACAAGCGGUACAUGAAGGAAGUCGCAUCAGAAACAGCCGCACUACAACCCUCAGUUUGCGGUAACACUACAUUUGAACCACCUUGUAAAAAAAUACUUUUGGAGAAAACUGUUCUUCAUAAAACCGAUAAAGCUGACCAACCAAGCAGUGUUGUCUUGCCGAUUACAGAUGGUGAUGAAAAAUCCCUUAAUAUUGGGGACGAGGCUUGUCAACCCACAAGUAAAUUUGAGCUUCCAUUGACUCGGCAAAGAAAGGAAUUCAACCAGAACAAAGCUCAGUUAGCAAAUAACAUAACAAUAGGAGUUGAUGAAGGAAUGAAACAUCCUAAAAAAGGUACAAAAAGAAAAAAAAGGGUCAGAAAAAAUCGAUUUGCCCCGUCAAAGGCCAGAAAAAAAAAUCGAAAGAAAGUUAGUCAUACUAAAACAGAAAAAAGUCUCCCAAGUUUUCCAGAACGAAAUAGCGCACCUAAUAAAUCCCAGGUGAAGGCUUGUCGGCCAGAUGUACGCAAACGCUCUAGAGUAUCUGUUAAUUCUAAUAGUAAACGUUCCAAGACGUGCAUUCUUUCUCAUAAAGUCGAGGCAGUUGAGUGCGAAGAGGAAGAUUUAGAUAUCAAAAGAGCACACCAUAAUGGUGUGCCCUGUCCUAAUGAAAAACAACCAGAAUCAGAUGGUAACAAUGCACACAAAAAAUCAGUUCUGGUUAAAAAUAGAAAGUCUGAUGAUGAGAGCACUUCAUCUGAAUUGUGUUCACAGGCAAGGUAUACUGACACUGCCAAGAAACAAAUUAGUAAUGCAACAUCAAACAAUGUUACGCCCACUAGUAAAGACAAUUUGUCAAUUGCGUUUGGUGGAGAUGCGAAUAAGUGCAAAGUACCUGGUAUUGCAACGUACAUCAAACGUGGUAAGACCAGACAGUACAAGUGGAAGAGCAUUACACAUAUCGAGGAGGACGAAUUGGAGGGUACCAACAGUAGCAGAGACACGUCGCCGGAGAAUCCAGCUAAACCCACUAGGAGAUGCCGGAACCAAUCACAUUAG